AUGACCUCGCUGCUGUUCUCCAGCCCCACCCACGUUGUCAUGAAGGAUCGCGAACUGCCGUCAUCCUCCCUCACCCUCCUCCACUACCCCGGGACGGCAGUACCUGUCAAGACACCCGGGGGUGGCCCAUUACCCCCCUCCUCCACCACCCUCCACACCUCCACCUCUCCAUCCCUCUCCAAACCCCAGCCAUUCUGCCUGCAGACCCUCCAGACCGGCCCUCACCUCCUCGCCAGCAUGCAGCUCCAGAAACUCAACUCCCACUACCAGAGUCUGGCUGGAGGUAUAGGUGGCGGCGUAGCCUCUGGGCCCACCUCAGUACCUCAGAGGGGGUUUGGGGCCUCAACGCUGGGCUCAGCGGGGCAGCUGGUGGGGGGUACCCCUGGGGGUGUUGGAGGGAGGAAUCAGGGCUGUGGGGGGAUUAUUGACUCUGACCCGGUGGACGAGGAGGUUCUGAUGUCGUUGGUCGUAGAGCUGGGGUUGGACCAGGCUAACGAGCUGCCUGAACUCUGGCUAGGACAGAACGAGUUUGACUUCAUAGCGGAUGUACCUGCCGGAUGCUGACCCACCCAAAUGGAGGGAUGAAAGGAGGGGAUCUGUGCUCUCUCAUUCUUUCCUUUUCAUUACUCUCUAGGUUGGAUUGACAUAAACUCUGUCCCGGCUGGGUGCUCACCCAAACACAGAAAAUUAGACUUUUGGGGUCACCCUCUGUUUUUCUCUGAAGGACAAGUUAUGGACACAAACUGACCCAAAAAGAGCAUGCUGUUCUCUUGUUUUUCCUCUGUAUCGCCUUCUAAAUUUAAAGGAGAAAGGAUAGACACAGGGUCUAAUGUUUUUGUGUGUCUCACAGAAAAUACUAUGUUACUGAGGGAACUUGAGCCUCAGGCCUGUCUGUCAAUUUCACUGUACGUCCCAAGGGCCCCCUACACACACACCGGCAAAAGGAGGGAUGGAUGGUAUUACGAUCCGGUAAUGGAAGUAGCAGCCGUGAAACAGGCACUUGUCACUUAUUCAGUUACCCCAACAUUCAGGAGAGUUCAGUGGGUUUGAUGGGACACCACGGUGUCUGUGUGUAUGUGUGUGAUUGUUCAGGACCCUGUGACAUAAGACAGACAUGACAGGAGGCAUCAGAAGCCUGUGUAGUCUCGGUGGACCGGUGUAACCUGACCUGUAUGGUGCUGUCAGUGUCUGUAUCUAAAUAAAUGAAUGAGUCUUAACGUCCGUGGUCUUCGUGUACCUGGUAACUCUGUAGGUGAAAUUAAUCAUAGUCCACACCCGCCCCAUCAUUCUCUCUGUCUAUUGUAAGUCUCUUCAUCCUUCUCUAUCUCCACCCCCCCCCCUCCAUCUCUGUCCCCUGUGGUCCUAGAGCCAAGACGCUCCAUUACUACCUACUCUGUUGUACCGUCAAUGUGUAUGUCCCAAAUGGCACCCAAUUCCCUGCAUAGUGCACUACUUUUGACCAGAGCCCUAUGGGUCCUGUUCAAAAGUAGUGCUGUGUGUGUUUUUAUAUAUGUGUGUAUGAGAGAGAGAAUAGGGUGCCAUAUAGGAUAUAGCCAAUAGUUAAUGAGGGUUACAGGUAAUGAGGCGGUUAAAGAAAGGUGACUUUAAAAAUAAAUAAAAAAUAUAGUAUUUUUGGGGGAGGGGGUUGAAUUGUGAGAGCUGAAGGCUAAUUAAUGAUAAAUGUAUGAUUGCGUAAUUAAAUUUUAUUUUACAGUACCUGUUCAGAAGACUACAGAAACAAGAUUUCCUCUUAGUCAAUUGGAACUUUUCCUCUUUAUUAAGUUCCCAUGUUCCAAGUGUGAGUCACAUGGCAUCAUCAUGCUUUUUUCACCAUGUGAUACGUUGGCGUUUUUACCAUGCGAGUUAGUCAGUCAGUAGGCCUACAGUAGACCAAAGCAGGAGUAGGCUACAUAUCUAAACAGGGUCCUUAUUGUUUUGUAGUUUUAGUUGCUGGAUCACUUGAUCGUAAGAGAGCACGAGUGUGUGUGUGUGUGAGUGCUUGCAUGGGAAAGUAUUCCUGUAAGUUUCCCUUUAAGUUUUGACCCCAAGGAAAUGCAAGAUAACUGGUAACACACCAACUUAUUUCCUAACCAGAUACCCUUUGAGCUUCCAGACUAGCAAGAACAUUUACUUUUCAUGAAAUGUUUGUUUUGCUUUCCUUAUGACAUUUCAGAUCUUUUUGUGAUCACUUUCUUUUUGUUUUAGCUCGAAACACUUCUUGCUAUUGAUUUUGUAAAGGAAAAAAAAAAUGUUGGGAAAAAAAAUGAAUCACUUGUCUAGAUACUGCACUGAUUGUAUGGUCCUAAGUUUCUUUCUUUAAAUCACACCUUUUUUUAAUUGAGGCCUUAUUUUAGAAAGGGAGAGGGACCUAUUUUUUUAUUUGUACCUCUUUUUUUUGUUUUUGAAAUGACAGAUGGAAUCAUAACUGAGGUUGAUUUUUGUUUUAGCACUUUCUCUGUUUGCAUCUCAUUUGUAUCUUUAUGAAAAUAUGUACUAGAUCAUAUUUAAAUGCUUGUAUUUUUGUUACUUCUCUGCAUUUGGGGGAAAAUAAAGAAUACCAAUCUGAA